GAUAUUUGGAUUUGGAAAGACAGGUAAAUAAAUAAUUCUCCUGUCUAUUAUUAUUAAAUAAAAUAAAAAACAAACAUUCUCGUUUCUAUUGUUAUUAUAUAAAAGAAAACAAACAAACAAAAACCCAAAGUCAAUGUUGAAAAGUAGGACAGCAGCUUUUUUGUUCAAAUCUUCAUAUGGAACAGAAAAGCUGAGUGGACUACUGGAGUUUUUUUACUUUGUCAUGUGAUCAGGUGUAACGGAUGGGGCUGUGGGGGUGUAGUGAACAGGGGUGGGAGGGGCUGGAUUGCAAUCUGUUGCAGCAGUGCUUCUGCUGUUGCCUAUUUGCCCCGAAAUUACAGUGGCCCCUCCUCUGUAUUUAUUCAAGACCCUGCCUGGAUCUGCAUUCAUUUGCUGUUUAAGCCCUGUUUGCGGACAAGGAAUAACUGACCGGGGAAGACAAUCAGAUUUAUUAAAGGCAGUAAAGCAUCUUUAGCCCUGUCUGAGGACCAGUUUGUUGUUACCAAACUUCCCAAACCAAGCCUGGAGCAGAAUAGAGGAGACCCCGGUCCCUGGCAGAUUGACAGUCUGGUGGAGUCCUGGGCGUCUGUUAGCGAUAUGGAACCAGCGGUUCGAAAUCUAGAAACCAGUGAGAUAGUCGUGGUUUCAGAGGACCAAAGUGAGAACCACUCCUCAACCUCUGACAUCAUCCAUCUAGAGGCAGGUCGGGUGGAAUCAGAUGAAGAGGAGGAGGACCUCCAGACCAGCAUGAUGAGCAUGCUAGGCAGUGAAAAGGAGCUGGCUGAAAUGAGGGCGGAGAUUGAAGCCGAAUCUGAUCUCAGACCUCCAGAGACUGUAGAAAUUCUGAUGUGUGUGGAAGACCCACUAGUGGAGGAGAUUGAGCUGGAGGACACCUCUCAGCUUGUUUUCACUCAUACCGCUCUUCUGUCUGAACCUUCAGAUUUUACCCUUGCCUCUGUCCCCAUACCGGAAAUCAUUUCACAGGUUUUAGAACAUCUCCCAUCGCCACAAGAACUUCCUUGGACACCAUCCUCUACUCUUACCCUCUUAGAAGAGGCCCAUACCUUUGAGUCUAGUGAUGCUACUGGCAUAUCUCAAGAGCAUACAUCAUCAUCUUUAGAGGGUGUAGGCCUAGUUCCAAAUACAGAUACUUCAGGAACCCCCACCAGUUCUUUCUUUGAUAUUCCUGUGUUGCUAGUUGGUGGCGCUGCCCUGAUGGCAGUAGUGGGAGUACUUGCAUUUACAUUGAAUAGAAAGUAGCAGGACCAUAUAGACUGUAUUUCUUUUUAAUAGUUUUUAACAAUAAAACUAUUUUGGGGUAGAAAUGCUAUGUUUUUAAAUGCUAUUAGGUUUCCUGUUUUGUUAUUGUCUGUUAUUGUCCCCUAAUAAAAAUGUAAUUG